AAGUUAGACAUAUCGUUUUCUCUGUUUUUUAAAAUAAUAUUAUAAACUUUUUUGCAAAAACAAACAAAAAAAAAAAACCAUCAAGAGAACAACGUCACAUUCACGCGUCGGCGUUAUUCUUCCUAUUAGCCAUUGCAACUGUUUGAAGCUGUGAUUGCCAUCAUGGUUGUGUUUCCGAGCUCGCUGACGGAGGAAGAGGAGGCUUUACAAAAGAAAUAUGCUAAACUCAAGAAAAAGAAAAAGGCACUGGUUGCCUUGAAAAAGCAGAGUUCAACCAACCAGACAAACCAGAGUGGCUUGAAACGGACACUGUCAGACCAGCCUGUUGUUGACACUGCAACAGCAACAGAACAAGCAAAGAUGCUCAUCAAGUCAGGGGCCAUCAGUGCUAUUAAAUCUGAGAAUAAAAACUCUGGAUUUAAAAGGUCUCGAAUGCUGGAAAUUAAGCUCAAGGACCCCGAAAAAGGCCCAGUUCCUGCUUUCUUACCAUUCCAAAGGAGUGUCUCGACAGAUGAAGACCAGCCUGAGUCUGGAAAAAGAGCCCACAGGAAGUCUCUGUAUGAGAGCUUUGUUAGUUCAAGCGACCGAUACCGGGAUGAGGACGAAGGAGGCAGCAUGUCAUCCAGCCGGGACAUGGAGAGAGACAGAGAGCGCGAGCGGGAGCGGGAGCGGGACCGGGACCGAGAUCUGGAUAGAGAGCGGGAUAGGGAGAGAGACAGAGAACGGGACAGAGAUCGAGACCGAGGCAGGGAAAGAGACAGGGAACGGGAACGGGAACGAGACAGAGACCGAAGCCGAGACAGGGAUCGAGACCGGGAAAGGGAUAGAGACAGAGAUGGACCCUUCAGACGGUCAGACUCGUACCCAGAGCGCAGAGGAGUGCGAAAGGGGAAUACCGUUUACGUUUAUGGCUCUGGGCUCGGCGAGGACAGCCUGCGCUCGGCUUUCUCUCAACACGGAAACAUCAUCGAUCUCUCGAUGGACAACCCACGCAAUUGUGCAUUUAUCACAUUUGAGAAGAUGGAGUCUGCAGACCAGGCUGUUGCUGAGUUGAAUGGAACCACAGUGGGAGACGUUCACAUCAAAGUCAGCAUCGCCAGGAAGCAGCCGAUGCUGGACGCUGCCACUGGCAAAUCUGUGUGGGCUUCACUGGCCGUGCAGAACAGCACUAAAGGCUCCUACCGGGACAAGAGGAACCAAGUGGUGUACAGUGAAGAUCUUUUCCUGGGAUGAAAAGUCCAUGUUUUUGUUGCUCUGUUUCUGAGCUGCUAACCUGCUGCAUGUGCUUUGCAGAAGACAUGAAAGAUUAUCAGUAGCCUUUUUGAUCAGAGCAUUGUAGUUACCCUAGGCUGGAUGUAAUGCUACGUGUGCAGCUUUGCAUGGGAAACUACACAUCUGAGCUCAAAAAGUAAAAGAAUUGUAUUUGUGAAUGUUUUCUUUUGUGUAGGUCACUCAUAUUCAUAUUAAAAAAAAUGACUUCUGAUUUA